AUGGUUAAAUAAUAAAGUGUUACAACAAUUAUCUGUUGGAUGGAUAAGAUUGCAGUUAUCAGAGACGAACAUGCCGAGUUCAUGCUGUCAAAACACUCGUUGAGUAGUUGCUAGCCAGUGUGUGUCGUUGUCCGACGUAGGAAGUUAGUGCCUCUUUAAUCGAGAAUUUCUUUUCACACAAUAGGGUUUCAGAAAAGUAUUGAAAAAUUGCAAUAAGAAUAUCUAUAGUGCUGAAGUGUUGUGAAGGGACGAAGCCCAUAAAAAGACUGAAUUCGGUAUGCUGAUAGCUGACUACGUCUUUGAUGUCAUUGAGUCACGUAACGUAUUGCUUUUGAGACCCGUAUUGCUUUUGAGACCAGGAAUUAUAUUGAAUGGUAAAUAACACGAUUCCUAGAAAUGCCAAGCCACACUCCUGAAAAAAAAAAGAUGUGUUAACCUCACUGAGCGCUCAGCAUUUAACAGAAAUAGAAGUGUGAUUUCAUUCGAAGCAAUAUAAUUAUGGAAUCCAAAGACUCAGACCUAGAAAUGGAGGUGGACAGCCCUGGGACAUUUUCUCAGGAACAAGGAGAAAUAGUGUGUGAUGAGAAGUCACAAAACAUGUGCGAAAAAAAUGUUUCAAAGAGUUGUGAUGACAGUAAAGGAAGUAGUCAGAUUAAUGAUUGCAGUCCAUAUGACAGUUUAAGUGAAUCAUUUAUGAAACUGUCUGUGCAGGAUGAAAGUUCCUUUUCACUUGAUGGUCAUGGUAAUAGGCAAGCCAAUAUCAGUAAGCCUUCAUCUACAGUUACUUACAGACAAGAGUGCACAGAAGAGCAACCAGUAAAGCCACUUCACUCUUAUAAAAUUGGCAAUUGUGUGACAAGAUCGCCAGGUAUAUUAACCACACUUUUAAUAGUACCUGAAGCUGAAAAUGAUAGCUUUAACACAGCUAGGGUAGACAAAGAUGAUGAAAACCAUUUGGUAAUUCAUAGGAGUGGCAAAACACCUAACCUUGAUGAAUGCCUCCCACACAAUGCAAAAGGUAAUGGAGGAUGUUGCGACCAUGAUCAUAUUUAUUCAUCUUUACUAUUGAAGAUAGCAAAUAAUAUUGGCAACAUUUCCGCUUUUGAUUCAUCUUUAAUGCUAAAGGAAAUAACCCAUGUCAACAGUCUCCAUGAUAAUUCAUCUACAACUCUGAAGGAAAAAGGCUAUGGUACCCACAGUCUACAUACUAACUCACCUCCAACUGUGAAGGAAAAAGUCCAGUAUGAUGGCAGACUUUGUGCUCAUUCAUCUUCGACCUUGAAAAGUAAAGAUCAUGGUGUUAGCAGUUUCCCUUAUGCAUUGCCUUCAUCACAGAACGUGGAUAAUUGUUUAGUAAAUAAUAAGUAUGUUGAUUCAUCUUCAAUAAAAGGAUAUGAAAAACAAAGUCAAUGUAGAGAAACCGCUUUUGGAAGUAGAGAGUUAAUAUACAAAGAAGAGAAGGAUGUUCAAGUUUAUAAGUCUGAUCGAUAUGCUAAACAAAUUGUAGAAGGGACAGUAAUUGAUUGCGAUCAGGAACAGAGGACUGAAUUUCUUGAAGUCUGUUGCCUGCAGGAGAAUGCUCAAGAUAAAUGGAACCAGCAUUUCAAGCAAAAUACUGGGCAAAGUAAGGACAGAAAUCUUCAGAAAAGUCUAAAAUCAAGUGGAAAACAAGAACCUAACAGUGAAUUUGUGGAAAUUCCCCAACUAUCUAGGGAAGUGUUAAAAAGGCAUGGCAUUGAGAAAACUAUGCAGGAAGAGACUUUGAAGCUUAAAAAUGUUGAAAAUGAAAGCCUUGGGAAAUCAAAUAGACGGCAUGGACACUACAGCAAACAGGAACAACAACAUCAUUGUGAAGAAGUAUACCCACACACAGGUGAUGAAAAAAUUCUCCAAAAGCACAAAAAUGUUUGUGAUGAUGCUAGGAAAGUUAAGAAACCAGAUUUAUUAAAAAUUAAUGGGGCAAUUGAACAUAAAAAUUACCUGAAGGGUAAUAAUAUUAGAGAUAUAGUUGAAGAAGCCAAGUUUAAUGAGGUGAAAAUUUAUAAAAAAGACGAAGGCACAGAACAUAACAGCAGUAAAAUAGGAAUGUGUGAAGUAGAUAAGCAACCUGAAUGUUCUGUAGAUUCAGAGAAAGUACAUUGUGAACCCAAUCAAAAGGAAGAAAUUCAAAUGAAACAAGUCAGGCAAUCCAGUGAAGAACUUUGGAGCCAAAAGAAAUGUCCAAGUGAAAAAGAAUUGGAGCAAAGAUUGUCUAGAUGUGAACCCAAUCAAAAGGAAGAAAUUCAAAUGAAACAAGUCAGGCAAUCCAGUGAAGAACUUAGGAGCCAAAAGAAAUGUCCAAGUGAAAAAGAAUUACAGCAAAGAUUGUCUAACUUAGAUAACGAUCAUAGAAAUAGAUAUGAAAGAAAUAUUGGAGAAGGAGAAAGUCAUCACCAGAGAAGGAAAGGUAUUCACAGACGGAGACAGGAGUCAUCAACUAGUGAUUCAAGUAAUGAUGAUAUUGAUGAAUGCCUCAAUAAAGGUAGCCAUGGUGAUAAAUGGGAUGGCACCCGAAACCUUCUGUACAGAAAACUGUCGUGGGAAUCUUACCUUAAAAUGAAUCAGCAUGUAGGGGAAUGGGAUCAGGACUGUUCGGAUCCAUUUGAUCAAACUUUGGCUCGCUACAUAUAUGGGGCUCAGCAAAUGAAGAAGUUUUACAGAGAUUAUGACCGAUAUGCCCAUCACGACAAUGUCGAGAUUAGAGGCUGGAAUAAUGGUGAAUUCGUGUUCAUCGGAGAGGUUUCGAAAUGUGACAACGAAAGAGUAGAGGUCUAUCCAGAAUCAUCUUGUCAUAAAAGGGAAGAUGAACUCACUCCUGCAGGAGGUGCCAUACGCAAAACAUACUUGAGAGAUGAACAAAGAAAUCUUCAAAGAAGCAAAAUUGAUACAGAAAGUGACUUGGAAUAUGGGAGUUCUACAGAAUCCACCAAAAGAUUAAUCCAUGGACUUCCACCUGCACUGCUUACUGAAGAUGAGACAGACUCAUGUGAUGAACGUGAGGGUCAUUUCUGGAGCGGACGAACAGGAUUGCAGCACCAAAACCAGUACACAGAUAAUAUUUCGGUUUCGACAAGCAAAUCAUCUGACAUUGCGAAACCAACAGAGUCUGAGGUUAAGAGUUGUGUCCCAUAUUCCUCUUUAGUGAAGUAUCUGACUCUGUGUAAAAAUUUCUCUUCAGAUAUAGGAAAUCUUUUAAGAAAAUUUAGUUUAUUUGAGAAUGUCAAGAAAUUGGUUUUAGAACGGCCAGAUGUUUUUACUGUCUGUGGCAGUGUUGUUGAGUUAAGACCUAAGAUAUCUCUGUGUGAAGAGUUUUUGUCCUCUGGAGGAUGCCAGAAUAAGUUAUCUUGCACCAAACUUCAUAUAUGUGAAGUAUUUAUGAUUAAUAUGUGUAGUGAUUCUAAUUGUAGCUAUGGCCAUAAUGUCUGCACAACUCACAACAAAAGAGUUUUACAGUCCUUUUGGAUGGACAAUUUGGAAGCUUCAGCAGUCAUCGAUGUGUUACGUUUAACUCUGCUAGGGACUGUAAACAUUCAGCCUUUAGAUAUAUGUAGUAAUUAUAACUUCAGUACUUGUCAAAAUGAUAAUUGUAAAGAUUUACACAUUUGCGUUGAUUAUGUAGGAGGCCUUGGCUCCUGUGUACGACCAAGUUGUUCACUCAAUCAUGAUAUUCAAGAGCAGAAUUGCAUGGCGGUGUUAUUUUCUCAUGGCAUCGAUAUCACUCACCUUGAAGAAGAGGAGCAACUUCUUGCAGUCAUUCAAGAAAGCAUCAAGAUCACCCAGUUAGUUCAGGGUUAUGAGUCGCAAGGACAAAUGCAGAAAAUUUUUGAACUUGGCUACCAACGGCUUCAGUCCUCACCGAAUUCUAAAACGUGCCCAAAUCAAAAAGAAAAACUGAAUGGUAUAAUGUCAUCAAAGCCUUUACAUACUACUGGUAUCUCCUCAGCACCACUGGCAACUAACAAAAAUUCUAAGGGUGUCAAGUAUUCAGAACCUACUGCCAAAACUCCUUCAAAUAAAGUUACUUCCAGUCCCUCAAAUCAGGGUAAUUCUUCCAAGGGUUCCUCAGUGGAUUGCAAAUCUCUUGGAUUAUCAUAUGAAUCAGAAAACAAGAGUAAUAAUUUCUCCUUCAAAUAUAUUACCUCAGCAAUUAAUAACAAAAUUCAUGAUAUUUUUCCUCCAGUAUACACAGGAAACGAAAAAAAUCCGAAAAUUGUAACCAAAUUUUCAACAGUGUGGUCUAGCUAUGCUAAUGGUGAUGUAGAAGUAGAGGAAAUUUGUUAUUAUUCCGUGAACACAGUUUGCAAAUUUGAGUCAAGUGGUUGCCGAAGAUUACAUGCUCAUACGGAGUUUCAAUGGCAAAUGAAGGUCAGUAAAACUGUCAGCUGGAUAAAUUUGCAACCUGAUCAAGUCUUUCAUUUGGAGCAGAAAUACACAGAUCCAAACAUAGAGAUAACAGAACUUCCGCCACCCCAUGCAAAGGAAUCUCCUUUAAUUGUGCACCUUAUAUUGAAAGAUGAAAAACAUUAUGCAAACUUAAAAGAAUUAAAACUGGUCAAUUCAAUCACGUUUGAGGUAUACGAUUUACGCCGGCUCCACAUGCAGGAUAAGAAUAAAAAUUCUAGUUAUAAUCAGUUCCUUUGGUACUGCAAAGAUAUUGCAGGUAAGUGGAUUCUGUAUGGGAAUGCAGAUUCAUCAGGAGAUCCUCAUUCAGCAGCAAAAAUAAAAUCCCAAGAUAUUGAAAAGAAAUAUUUGAGUAAUGAGCCGAAAUUCCAUUUCAAGAAUAGUAAAGGAACAAUGCAAUACACUUUAGAUUUUAAAAAGAUGGUGCAGGUAAACAGGGCCACAGGUAAGGAGCGAGAAGUGAGGAGGCGUCCCAGACCCCAGAUCUUCAAUUCUGUGAGUUGAAGAUCGGUUGUCUCUGAUGAACUUCGGUGUGUGGGAGUUGCGGAAAAAAAAACAAGAAAAGCAAUAAAGAAAAAAACAGUCAGUAGGGGGCUGGUUUGCAGAUCUUACUAUGUUACAGUACCAGGAGGGUGGCGCUACAAUAACUAUAAAAAAUAAAAGGAAAAAUUGUGCAGUGUUUCAGCAUAGUUUUUCUUAAAUCAAAAUAUCCCAAUAAUUGUGCAUAACUAAAAAUAUUUUUGUAAAGCAUGCUUACAUGUACUGCAUCAACGUUAAGGUUAAAACUACACCAUUAUUCUAAGCUUCCUUAUGUGAUCCUGUGGGAGACGAACACAUCGUUGAGUCUGGUACUGGGAGAGCAGCUUUGAAGGGCAGGAAUAUUGAUUUUUUCUCAUUUGAGAUGUUUACGAAGUGAUCGAGUGUUGCCUAUUAAUGAAAAAGAAGUAAACUUUUUUUGUAUAAUUCCACUCAAGAGUAAAUUUCCUAUUAAUUUAUGUUAUUUUUUUUUUUAUUUUGCCGUUUGCGCUGAUAAAAACCUAAUCCACUUACACAUAUAAUUAUAUAU